AUGGGAAGAGGAGCGGGAGGACCGAGGACUGUCGGAGCUUCAAGAGGAGCUUUAUCUAGAGGAGGUCGUAGUGGACUGACACAGGCAAGGAGAGCGCCUUCUAGUGGUUCAACGGUGACCCCUCAAGUUACGUGUGGGUACUACGGAAAACCCAAUCAUUUUGAAAAUGACUGUUGGAGGAAGUCUGGGAAGUGCUUGGCCUGCGGUAGUACCGAGCACCAGCUCGCGAACUGUCCAAACAAAAUGAAGACGGGAGAUGAUACCCAGAGACCGGAAAAGUCAGCCUCUAAGCAAACCAGUGCCGGAGGAAUCCGACCGAAAGUACCGGCUAGGGUUUAUGCACUGGAUUAUCAACAAGUUCCUGAGGCGACUGAGGUGGUAGAAGAAUUGGAGUCCCUACCCCCAGAACGGGAAAUAGCCUUUAAGAUUGAUGUAACUCCAGGAGUAGCCCCUAUUUCUAAGACGCCAUAUCAAAUGGCCCCAACUGAAUUGAAGGAGUUGAAAUUGUAA